CGAUUUUGUUUAAUAACUUUUUCAUGAAAUUUAUUAUUAUCAACUUUAAAUCUAUUUUUAAAAUGAUAAAAAUAAUCUAUACUUUGGUCAUGUUUUUAAAUUAUUGUUUUUAACUAUUUCGAAAUAAUGCAAGAUUAUUAGUUGCCUUUGUGGUAAAAUUCCAUUGGAAUAUAUAACAUAGUAACUAUGAAACAUGUAACAUACCAAUUUUUAGGUCAUGAGAUUCUUCUAUCUCUCAAUUCAUUGUACAUUUUAUUUAUCAUAACGUCGAACGUGUGUCAUAAAUUUUAAUACAAUUUAUUUGAUGACUUAUAAGAGAUGAUUUAAUUGUAUUCUUUAUAAUAUGAAUUCUUAUUAAUCUAUUAUUAAAAUAAUAAGAUAUUGAUAUUAAAAUAAGUUUGGUGGUUUAACGAGCGCACUAUAAUAGUACGUAUAUCCUAAAUUAAAAUAAGAAAAGGAAGAAAGUCACGUGUAGUAAAUUUUGUACAUUAAUAUUUCAUUCUAUAUAAAUAUCUAUAGUUAAUAACACAAUUCUAUUCGAUAAUCAUAAUUGAGUUACGAAACAAGAAAUGAAACAUUUGUGGAAAUGUGGUAAGAAGAUAAAAUAUCUGUGGAAAGACGUAAGAAUUGUUAUAUUUUUAAUUGGACAUUUAUACAUUGAGUUUAUUGUUUCAACUUUAGAUGGUUGCAGAAAACGUCUAUUCCAUAGGAUCACGAGUUCUUUGUUAAUAUUUUUAACUAAUAAAUAAUUAAGACAAUAAGAAAAAGACAGUGAUAAAUAGUUAUGGCGAUACUCCUCCUACGAUGUCCUAACAUUAUUCUUGAUUGGUCGAAAUCAUCCAUUACUUACCAACCAACGAUAGUUGCAAGUAAAAGAUAAUCUUUAUUAUCAUCGUCAUCGUUGUGCCUUUUCGUUUUCUUUGGUAGAAAACGAGCGAGGAUCAAUGUCGACGAAGACUCGAUUGUGCAACUCAGUCGCGAUCGAGUCGAGAGAGUAGCAAUCACUAGAUAGAUCGUUGUAACCAUUCCAACGUGAACCAUCGUGAACCAUCGUGAACCAAGAUUUCUUUGCCUCGUGAUCGUUUCGUUUAAUCGAUCUUUGAUGUGCGAGUGAAUGGGUGUUUAAGUUUCUUCUGCCAUAAACGCGUCUAUUCUUACACAGGAAAGAAAUAAGAAGUUUAUUUUACUAUAAUCGUUUAAUACAAGGAUCGUAAAUAAGAUAAAGUAGAAAUGAUCUUUCUCUCUUUCUCUCUCUCUUUCUCUCUUUCUCUUUCUCUCUAUGUUGUUUGAUAAAUAUAUGUAUAUUGCAGAAGUAAUAUUUCAAGUAUUUUAUUAUGGAUCAGUAAUUGGUUUUAUUCUGUUUAUUUCAAUAGAUUAUUUUUAUCGUAAUAUUUAAUAGUGAAUUUCUUUACGAUACGUUUGAUUCGAGAAUGAAGGAUAGAAUUGAUAAAUAGAACCUAUAAUGAUUGACUAUUGUUCCAUAAUAUUCUGCGAUAUAAAUAUAUCAAUAAAUAUAUCGUUCUAAUGACUGCAGAAGCAAUUUAAACGUAUUAUAUUCCUUGCCACUUUCCAUUUUUUUUUUGUUUUAUCUUAUAAACUUUAUUAUCUGGAAUCUUAUAAACUUUACUAUCUGGAACGCAUCAUUCAAAAAAAAAAAAAAAAAAAAAAAAAAAGAAAAAAAAAAAGAAAAGAAACGAAAAGAUGUGAAGAUAUUUUGAUAAGUAAAUACGAAGAAUCCAUAAAACUACUCUAUAAGUGGUCACACAAAAAAAUUGGAUCGUAUAUUGUUCGAUAAUGUAAAAUUAUAUUCGAAUCAAAAAAGAAAAAGAAGAAAGGACUAAGAAUAAAUUUUAUCUGGAAAAAAUGUAUACUAUAUAGCAUACUAUACACGUGUUUCCUGAGUAAUUUGCUUAUCGAUCGUAGAUCAAGGUCGUUUUGAAAUCGUUAAACUUAAUAUACUAACAACAUUCUCAGAUGUAAAGCAAAAUUGUGAUUACAGUAUCGUCGAAAAUUCAACGAUCCUUAAGUAACAAAAGUUUGCUUGACCGCAAAUAUAUUCAAUUGUAUUAGAGUUGCAUCUUCUAAAUAUAACGAGUAUUAUUAAUAGAAUAUAAUGAUGUCCGUGAAUAGUUCAGAAAAAGGACACUUUCAUUGGGUUGAUUGGCUGGUUUUUACCAUUAUGCUAACCAUGUCCGCUGCCGCUGGCAUUUGGCAUUACAAGAGUGCACAACAAUCUUCCGUAGAGAAUUAUUUGCUCGGUGGAAGAAAACUUAGACUUUGGCCGGUUUCUGCAUCUCUGAUUGCCAGUUUCAUAUCUGGGGUAACAAUUGUUGGAGCUCCUGCAGAAAUUUAUAAUUUUGGUACACAAUAUUGGAUCACUGUAAUAUCUUUACUUUUUUCCGGAAUAGUCGUUGCAAACAUUUAUUUGCCCGUCUUUGUAAAUUUACAAUUAAACUCGGCAUAUGAGUAUCUGGAAAUAAGAUUUAACAAGGGCGUUAGAAUUUUAAUAUCACUGAUAUUCGUUUUCGAUGCAGUUCUUUACCAAUCGAUAGUAGUUUACGUGCCUGCGUUGGCAUUAAAUCAAGUAAGUGAUAUCAACACGCAUCUCAUCGGCGCCAUUUUAUGCGGAGUGUGCGUCUUUUACACGGUUCUUGGUGGCUUAAAAGCAGUAGUUUGGACUGAUAUGCUUCAAGUUAUAAUAAUGAUCCUAGCCAUGAUCAUCGUGACUGUGUUAGGCACUUGGGAAGCCGGCGGUCCAUCCGAAAUAUGGCAGAAGGCGCGAGAAGCUAAUAGAAUAGAAUUUUUUAACUUCGAUUCUUCUCCGUACACAAGACACACUGUCUGGAGUGUUCUAAUUGGUUCUUGGCUCUAUUCUACGGCGUAUAUCGCCGUAAAUCAAACGAUGGUCCAACGGUAUAUAUCAUUGAGAACUAUGAAGACAUCUAAAUUAGCUAUAGGGAUAUCUAUUAUUGGCAUAAUUAUUUUUAUUUCGCUAUGUUGCUGGUGUGGAUUGGUUCUUUUAGCUUGGUGGUCACCACCAAAAUGCGAUCCAAGAGCAACUGGUUUAAUUACGGCCGAUGAUCAACUACUUCCAGCUUUCGUAAUGCAAGCUGCUGGUUAUUUGCACGGUAUACCUGGUCUUUUCAUUGCUGGUAUUUUUGGGGCUGCCCUUAGCUCUCUAUCAGUAGGAUUCAAUUCCACUUCCGUAGUUCUUUUAGAAGACUUCGUGAAGAGUUGCUUUGGUCUACAACCGAGCGAACGUUGUUCAACGAUUUUAGUUAAAAGUAUAAUUAUCUUUCUUGGUUUAUUCGCGUUGGCUUUUGUCUUUUUCAUCGAAACAUUGGGAGGCAUUUUAGUGGUUACGAACAGUUUAGCCGCAAUUGCCGCAGGAAUUUCCUUUGGAGUUUUCACUCUUGGAAUGCUUUUUCCAUGGACUAAUUCUCAGGGUGCAUUCGUAGGUGCUGUUGUGGGAUUUUUAAUAGCUGGUUGGGCAUGUUUCGGAGCAAAUAUAUCGAUCAGUGCCGGUGUCAUAGUACCUAAGAAGCUUCCGGUACCACUCGCUCAGUGUCCAGGAAAUAUAAGUCAAACUUUUCUAAAUCAAUUUGUUCAUCCUAACGAAGAAGAUGUGUUUGCUCUUUACCUAUUGUCCUAUCAUUGGUUUUCCGGAUUGGGUACGCUUAUAGUAAUUGUAGUUGGAGGAAUAGUCACUUGGUUGACGGGACCAAAGGAUCCUUCUUAUAUAGAUAGAAAGUUGCUGUCUCCGGUAAUACAUAGGUGGUUACCUUAUCCAAAAUAUCAGAACGAGGAAUGGUAUCGAUCAACGACUGAACCUCAAUCUUCGGUAAAUCUUUUGUUAAACAAUCUACCGAACAAAUCCAAACGUAGUGAUACGUCCAAAAAGAAAGAGAAUCAAAAUGACGUAGCAGUUUCUUGACUAUAUCGAAAUGCUGUAAAAAUGUAUAGAAAAUAUUGCUUAUAUUGAUUUUUUAAUUUUUUAUUACGUAGAAUGUAAAUGUAAUGUUAGAACCUUAAUGACGCACUAACAUAGUGGGUAUAUAAUGUUAUAAAAAGAGAACGAAGUGUGAAACGAAGGAAAAAUAUAUUUUUAUAUGUUCGUAAAUAAUUUAUACACCAUCA